AUGCUCAACUCUCGCCGCGCCGUCGUGGCUGCGGUUUUUGUUCUCACUGUAUUCUUCCUUCUGACGAGAUCACACUCCUCGACACCUGUCGUUCCAGCAGCCCAAAAUGCUGCUGCCACCGCCGAUACAAGCAAGAACGACGCACCUGCCUCAAACGAAGCCGUGCCACCACCACCCGAGGAGAAACAACCAGAGAUGGAGGUGAAGGAGCGUCGCACACGGCCUCGCAUCGACAUGUCGGGAAUGACGACCUAUGAGAAGCUCGAAUACGCCUACCCCUACGAUGUUACCUCCAAGUUUCCCGCCUACAUCUGGCAGACUUGGAAGCAAAGUCCCGAUCAGGGCGAUUUCCAAUUCAAGGACCACCAUGGUUCAUGGAGAGAAGAGCACCCCGGUUUCGUUCACGAAGUUGUCACCGACGACGUUGCCGUUAACCUGAUUCGUCUGCUUUAUGCUACUGUCCCUGAGGUUGUCGAGGCCUACCGAAGCCUCCCAAUGCCCGUUUUAAAUGCUGACUUCUUCCGCUACCUUAUCCUGUUUGCGCGAGGUGGCAUCUACUCUGACAUUGACACCUAUGCUAUCCAGAGCUCUGUCAAGUGGCUGCCCGAACAAAUCGCUCGUGACACUAUCGGAUUGGUUAUCGGUAUCGAGGCGGACCCUGACCGUCCUGAUUGGGCUCAGUGGUACAGUCGCCGUAUCCAGUUCUGCCAGUGGACGAUACAGGCCAAGCCUGGCCAUCCCGCGCUUCGCGACAUCAUCAACCGAAUCACCAAAAAGACAUUGGAAGAAAAGAGUAAAGGCACCCUGGCCAACAUCCUUGACCGGAAUGUUGUGGAGUUUACGGGCCCUGCUGUAUGGACAGAUGCCGUCAUUGAUUACUUCAACGAUGGACGUUUCUUCGACAUGUCGCAAAGCAAAGGAACGAUUGACUAUAAGAACUUUACUGGCAUGGAGACAAGUAAGCGAGUGGGCGAUGUGGUUGUGUUGCCCAUCACAAGUUUCUCACCUGGAGUGGGACAAAUGGGAUCCAAGGAGCCUGACGACCCUAUGGCUUUCGUUAAGCACGAUUUUGAAGGAACAUGGAAGCCUGAGAGCGAGCGUCACAUGGGCGAGCAGCAGCAGCAAGAAGAGGGACAGCAAGCCCCCUUACAGCAGGAGGGACAGCCGCAAGAGGGGCAGCCUCAGCAGGGACAACCUCAACAGGAACAACCACCCCAGCAGCAACAGCAGCAACAGCAGCAACAGCAACAGCCACCUGCUCCUCAGCAAUAA